GCCAAACCCGAAUCUUUCCCCUCGGUCAAGCGAGACCCGAUUCCCCCGAAUAGACGAGACUAUGGCCUUUGCCUGAAACAUCGACACCAUCUUCUAAACCGCUCCUCCCAUCUCUCGUCUCCCCUCCCCGCCUUCUCCCCAUUCGAGUCGAGUCGCAUAUCAUGGCUGCUACCGUUGCGCCUUCGCAUGCCGGCGGCCUGCCGUCCUCCUCGGGCAUCCCUGCGCCGCCGCAUCCCCACGACGCCGCAGACGCCAGCGCGGGGUCCCAAGAUGUCGCCGGCGGCGUCUCUCCACUACCGCCAACCCGCAAGUUCCAACUUCGCGACUUUCGACGAGUGCGCACGUUAGGCACAGGAACCUUUGCCCGAGUCUGUCUUGUCCGUCCAGCAGCCAGCGCCCAUAUACCCCUCGAUCACCAGCUCAACCCCGAAGUCUACGCCCUCAAGAUCCUACGGAAACCUGAAGUCAUCCGCCUUAAGCAGGUCGAUCAUGUCCGUCAUGAGCGCGCCAUCCUCGCCGACGUCGCGGGUCAUCCCUUCAUCACCCAGUUGAUCGCCUCCUUCUCAGACCACGAUUCCCUCUACAUGCUCCUCGACUACGUUCCCGGCGGCGAGCUAUUUACAUACUUGCGCAAGUUGCGCCGCUUCGACGAACCCGUCGCCCGCUUCUACGCCGCCGAGAUAGUCCUCGUACUAGAGUAUCUCCAUGAGCAGCAAGGCGGUAUCGCCUACCGCGACCUCAAACCGGAGAACCUCCUCCUGGAUCAGGAUGGCCACAUCAAACUCGUCGAUUUCGGCUUUGCCAAGCGCCUCGGUCACCGCGAAGACAAUCGGCCCGUCGAGACCUACACCCUCUGCGGAACCCCCGAAUACCUGGCCCCCGAGGUCAUUCAGAACAAAGGUCACACAGGCGCAGUUGACUGGUGGGCUCUGGGUAUUCUAAUAUACGAGUUCUUAACGGGAUACCCUCCAUUUUGGCAUCAGAACCCCAUUGAGAUUUACAAGCACCUUUGCAGAAUCUUGGAAAAACCCGUCGUCUUCCCUCAAGACCCGCCACUCUCGGAAGACGCCAAAGACAUAAUACGCGCCUUCUGCACCGUCGAUCGUUCCCGUCGUCUCGGUAACAUCAGCGGCGGCGCAGCCCGCGUAAAGGCGCACCCCUUCUUCCGCGAGACGAACUGGGACGACAUGCUUAACCGCCGCCACAAGGGUCCGAUACAACCCCCCGUGCGCUAUCCCGGUGACGCCCAGUGCUUUGACGUGUACCCAGAGGACGACGGCUCGCGGGAGCCCUACGGCGGCGACAUGGCGGCAAAGUACGACCCAUACUUUGCCGACUUUUAAUCGCCGCGGUACCUGUUGCGUCAUGCCAGAGGAGCAAAGUGAGCCGACCGAAAACGGCUCACUACAUCAUACUAUACAAACACACCAUCCGAUCCACCCAUCCAUCAAUUAUCAACACCACCAAACUGAACAGACCACUCUCGCCAGCAGCGAGAAUAGCGCCCAAAGAGCGCCCAUUAAGCAUUUAAAUGAAUAACACCCUCAGUAGCGUCCGGAUACGAACUUAUCAAGAGGGAACGAUAUGUCCAUAGCGAAUUGAGCCUGGCUCUCAAUCAUCCUUUUUUUUUUUACUCUUCCUCUUGCGCUUUUCAUCAUGAGGUGACUGGAGAAUGGCGUUUAAUCAAGAAUCGGGAACUGAUAGCCCAUCAUAUCCCCGACGGCGCUUUUUGCCUUGUUUUACUCACUCACACUUUUGGGGGUUUCUGGUCUUCUUGUACUCUUAUCUUCUCUCCCAACGGGAUGAGUCAAGUUAUGAAUGAGAGUGAAUGGGGUGGCCAUGCCGCCCCGGAAUGAAC